AUGUGCAGCUGUCACCCCAACGGGCAAUGUGAGGACGUGACGGGCCAGUGCACCUGCAACCCCAACCGCUGGGGUCCCAAAUGCGAGAAUGUCUGCCUCUGCAAGCACGGCAAGUGUGACCAGAAGACAGGCAAGUGCACCUGCGAGCCCAACUGGUGGGGACCCCAAUGCUCCAGCUCCUGCUAUUGCAGCCACAACUCCCAGUGCGACCAGCAGACAGGCAACUGCCUGUGCCAGCCCGGCUGGUGGGGCCGCAGUUGCAACAACCAAUGUUCCUGCAACAACUCGCCCUGCGAGCAGUUUUACUGCCAGUGCUACAAGGGCAAGUGCAACCAGGUGGAUGGGACCUGCACGUGCGAGCCAGGCUACCGGGGGAAGUAUUGCCGCGAGCCGUGCCCAGCUGGCUUGUACGGCCAAGGCUGCAGGAGGCGGUGCGGGCAGUGCAAGAGCCUGCAGCCGUGCACCGUGGCGGAUGGGCGCUGCCUGACCUGCGAGGCGGGCUGGAACGGCACCAAGUGUGACCAGCCCUGCUCGCCUGGCUUCUACGGAGAGGGCUGUGAGAAGCUCUGUCCCCCCUGCAAGGACGGCCACACCUGCAACCACAUCAAUGGCAAGUGCUCCCAUUGCAACCCGGGCUGGAUUGGAGACCGGUGUGAAACCAAGUGCCGGAAUGGGACAUACGGGGAGAACUGCGCCUUCGUCUGCAGCGACUGCGUCAACGGCCAGUGCCACUUUGAGACCGGCCGGUGCCUCUGCCACGCCGGCUCCCACGGCACCUACUGUAACCUGACUUGCCCACCCGGCCGCUACGGACUCAUCCUCCUGCUCUCCCUGCUCUGCUGCUGCUGCGUCUGCCGCAAGAAGGACGAAGCCCGCGGCUCCAGCCAGGACCCGGCAGCAGCCAAGAAGCCGCCGAGAUGCUUGUGCGGGCGUUUUAGUCGGAUCAGCAUGAAACUCCCACGCAUCCCCCUCCGCCGUCAGAAGUUGCCCAAGGUCGUGGUGGCCCACCAUGACCUGGAGAACACACUGAACUGCAGCUUCAUUGAGCCACCCUCCGUAGUGGAGCAGCCUUCCCCAUCCUGGUCAUCCCGCGGCUCCUUCUCCUCCUUUGACACCACAGAUGACGGGCCGGUGUACUGCGUCCCCCACGAAGAGAAUGUGGGUGACAGCAGGGACAGGGGGACACCCACCAGCCCCGGGGACAAGCUGGUGGCCCCGUCCAAGGAGGAGGAGGAUGCUACCACGGAGCCUCGCAGCCCCGGGAAGCCACCAUCCCCAGAAAGGACCAAGCCCCGUCCCCCAGACCCAGCCACAAAGCCCGCCAAGAGGAAGAGGAGCCCGAGCGAGACAUCAGCCAGCAUGCAGGGCAGAGCGGAGGACAAGGGCAGCACGCGGGGCAAGGAAAAAGCACAGAAGCAACCGAAGGAGCCCGGUGUCCCCGAGGGCAAAGCCAGCCUUGCCGGGGAGCCCCAGUCAUCCUCCAAGCCCAAGCAGAGGAGCAAAGCCAGCUCAGAGCCAAUGGAGAGCAUCAACGGGGCGGUGCAGAACGCCUUCCGAAAGAUGGGUGCCUUCCAGCCAGAGCGGCGGGUCGGGGAAAACAGG